AUAACACAGCAAACGUACAACAAUUAUUAACAUUUUGUGGGGCCCUCAUGAGGCCGUGCAGUCAGUCAGUGGCGGAGAGGAGCUCCGGGAGCAGCCGAAGCUUUCUCUGGGACUCACUCCGGCGUCAUGACUCUCUACCACGGUCGACUGCCGUCACUUGGAGCGCCCACCCCGGCUCUGAGCCUCACUAACCCCCCGCUGAUCUACCUGUACGGAGGAGACAGCGGAGGAGUAGUGCCAGCCGGCCUGAGCUUCGUGCCGACCCGUCAGGAGCCUCCGCAGAAGCCUCCCUACAGCUACAUCGCGCUCAUCGCCAUGGCCAUCAAGAGCGCACCGGAGCAGCGCGCCACGCUCAGCGGCAUCUACCAGUUCAUCAUGGACCGCUUCCCCUUUUAUCACGACAACAAGCAGGGCUGGCAGAACUCCAUCCGACACAACCUGUCCCUCAAUGACUGCUUCAUCAAAGUGCCCAGAGAGAAGGGCCGGCCCGGCAAAGGCAGCUACUGGACUCUGGACACCAAGUGCCUGGACAUGUUUGAGAACGGAAACUACCGCCGGAGAAAGAGGAAGGCUAAGAGCCAGCAGGAGGCACGGGACUCCAAAGCAUCUGGACACAGGCGCAAAAGGAGUCCAGGGCCACCCAGGGACCCCCAGUCCUCUCUGACACCUCAGGACGGCUCUGGGACCGCAGAGGUGCAGAUGAGACAGGACGCGGAGAGGUUGGAGAAACCAGCAGACAAAAAAUCAGUUCUAGUCGUGAGUAAACAUUCAGAGAAUCUGCAAAAUCCUCCCACACAGAGACUUAAAGUGCUCUCUAACCAAGACACCUCUGCGCCCACUGGGAGGGGGGCUGAAGACCCCCCGCCCGAGCAGUGUGCCGUUCCUUUUUGGAUGGAAAGCGCACAAAUCCAGAGCGCAUCAUUCCGUCUGGAUCCGGAGGAGAGGAGGUCUACCUUCAGCGGGAGAGAAAGAGAGAGAGGUCCGUUAUGCGCAGUGAGCUGCGCAGGAAACACUAACUUGACAACAGCUGCUCAGGACAAGCCGAAAGGAAAUGUUCCAGCCAAGGACAAACCGAGAGGUUUUAGCAUAGAGAGUAUAUUAUCAAGAGGUGAGGACGAUGUGCGCGGCAGCAUCCUCGGUGUGUCAGCAGAGACAUGUUCAGGGCGCCAGAGUCCUGCUCUCUGUCCCUCUAUGGUCCUCGGUGCUCGACCGCAUCAGCUGUACCAGAUGGGAUUCCCUUUCUGUUCCUACCUGUCUGUCUCCUACCCGGACAAAGUCCUGCAGUUUAAAUGAGUGAAAGUUUGAAUCAAGGCCUUUGCGCGUAUUUUACGCACAGAUGCGUAAAAGCGUAACGUCUUAAAAUGCAUGACAAAAUGACUCUAAAACGGUUCGGUGCUGUGAUCGUUUCAGGACCUCUGUCCUUUUGAUCAAUACAGCGCUAAUCAGACACCGACAAACGGCAGCAGGGAGACUAUUGCUACUUUUACGCAUGCGUAAUUGUCAGGUUCUGGUUUAUGCACAUUCUUUUCUGUAACUUUAGCUGGAUGAAGUUUACGGCUGGGCAAUAGAGCUUACAGGCACAAAGUUGAGAUCAUGAAGAUGUUAAUACUUUAAAAUAUGGGUAAAUAUGACAAACAGCAUUUAUAUCUGCAUUCAUGGAGACAGACUCCACAGGUUUGCGUAAUUCAGAUAAUGAGAAUAAAGUUUAAUGCCUGUGAUGUAAUCAAACGCUUGUUUGUUUUCCACUCUGCCCUGAAUCUCAAU